UUUCGGGAGUGAUGCACUUCGCGUUUUGGCCUCUAGAGGACCAACAAAACAAGCCCUGCUGCCGACCGACCGGGAGCAGCGAGUGCAGAUAGCUUUAAGCUAACGCUAGCUAUCAUAACAUUAUCGGAACACCAAUCUGGGGAUUUAAUCAGCCAUUGGUUUGCUAGCUCGCCAAAGGCUGGCUUCACUGGCCAAACAUGCAGAAAUAUGAAAAGCUUGAAAAAAUCGGGGAGGGCACCUAUGGGACAGUUUUCAAGGCUAAAAACAGAGAAACCCACGAAAUCGUGGCUCUGAAAAGGGUCAGGUUGGACGACGACGACGAGGGGGUGCCAAGUUCUGCUCUGAGAGAAAUCUGCCUUCUGAAGGAACUAAAGCAUAAAAACAUUGUCAGACUACACGAUGUCCUGCACAGUGACAAGAAGCUAACCUUGGUGUUUGAAUAUUGUGAUCAGGAUUUGAAGAAGUAUUUUGACAGCUGCAAUGGGGAUCUGGAUCCUGAAACUGUGAAGUCGUUCAUGUUCCAGCUGUUGAAAGGCCUUGCUUUCUGUCACAGUCGAAACGUUCUUCAUAGAGAUCUGAAGCCACAGAAUCUGCUCAUCAACAGAAAUGGAGAGUUGAAGCUGGCUGACUUUGGGUUGGCUCGCGCCUUUGGCAUUCCUGUGAGGUGUUACUCAGCAGAGGUGGUGACUUUGUGGUACCGGCCUCCUGACGUGCUGUUUGGUGCAAAGCUUUAUUCAACCUCUAUUGACAUGUGGUCUGCUGGAUGCAUAUUUGCUGAGCUGGCUAACGCGGGGAGACCUUUAUUUCCCGGGAACGACGUGGACGACCAGUUGAAAAGAAUCUUCAGGUUGUUGGGUACUCCGACCGAGGAGCAGUGGCAGACGAUGACGAAGCUGCCCGACUACAAGCCGUAUCCCAUGUAUCCGGCCACCACCUCGCUGGUGAACGUGGUUCCCAAACUAAGUAGCACAGGACGGGAUCUACUCCAGAACCUGUUGAAAUGUAACCCUGUCCAGAGGAUCUCUGCAGAAGAGGCCUUGCAGCACCCUUACUUUGCGGAUUUCUGCCUACCCUAAACUCGCCCCCCCCCUCACGCGGCCGGUCUCCACUAAACACUCCCCCACACCCCGCAAACGUUUAAUUUCUGCUGUGCCUCCGUGUGGAACUAAGUCCUGCAGGCGCCGCAAGGUUUUAGGGUCUUUAAAAGUCACAAGCCUUUUUUUAUUUGGUACACUGGCACGGCCGAGGUAAUUAGCACUGUGUGUUGCAUUAAUUACAUUUUAGACCUGUGGAAACAGUGGUGAACGAGACGCCCCAUUAAACGCAAAAUAUAUUGGCCAUAAAAGACAAAUCAUUCUUUUUUUUGAUGAGGAUCAUUUAAAUACUGUCAUUAAAAGGACUGUAUAAUGGUUCUCAAUGAUCUUUGGCAUUACUGUACCACGGUCUGUUCUUCCUUAGAAGCCGAAUAUAUAUAUAUAUAUAUAUAUAUAUAUAUAUUAUAUGUUCUGGUUCUGGUGCAUCUUUGGGCCGAUAAGUUAGCUAGAGACACAGAUUUCAGGGGGCAGCCAAUGCUAAAGUCAAAUUAAUUCAUGUGUUUUGGAACUUGGAAGUAAGGGUAUUCAUUUCAAAAGUUUUGAAUCAAUUUGACAUUUUAGGAGUUCUACUUCUUUUUUUAUGACUAAGUCCGAAUGACUUCCGUAGGAAUUUUUGGAUAGAACUACUGUAUGUGAUUUGGUACUAACCUCUUUCCAUUACAGAAUUACUUCAUUAUCAAUAUCUAUUAAUAUUGACAAAGUGUUCCCCAUUCAUACAAAACGUCUCCGUAGACAAAUGAAACAUUUUGUCUGCUUUGAACGGACUAAAAACCAUUAAAAUGAGUAAUUGGAAGACUGUUUCCCCAAUAAUUAGCACCAAACCACAUACUUAUUUCCAGGGGAUUAUUACGCAAUUACAGACCUGUAAAUUACACUGUUGUAAUUUUGUCUUUUUAUUUUAUUUACAAUACUUUUUUUUUUUUCUCACAGUACAACUUUGUCCCAUUUCCUUUUACAAGAUUGUAAAAUAGCAGGAGAAGCUAAUUUAUGACAUUCUUCUCAGACAUUUUUAAUUUUCCCUUUUGUAUUUGUCUUUUGUGCACUUUGUUACUUUUAUUUUAAUGUUUAGUAUAUGAAUAUUAAAUGUGGUGAACACUGACGGAUGGAUUAUAGCCGGUUAUCAACACAUGGGGCAAUAUACACACACACACAUUAUAUGUAUAUAUAUAUAUAUGUGUAUAUAUAUAUAUAUUCUGUGUGCGUGUCCAUUAGUGAUGCAUUACUUUGUUUUUUAACAUCAUCUGUAUCAUAAUUAGUCUUUUAGCUUUGUUAAAAUACUUUUGUAACUGUUAGAAGAGGCCAGGUAAUCCACGGAAAAUCUGUAUUUUCAUAAGAUUGUUUUGCACCAUCAGCUGUUUCCAUCCUGGUAACUUAUUUUAUUAACAUUGUUAAGAGCUCGUAGUGUCAAAGGAUCUAUGUUGGUUUUGCCGAUGAUGUAACCGGAUUAAGGAUGCAUGUAUUUAUUAAUCAUGGGAUGCCCAUUUGUUCCACAUUUGUUUAAACGGCAGCACGGCUUCAUUCGGUACAGAAACUCCUGUUGAAUGAUUUAAUGUGAUUCAGAUUUCUUUUUUUCUUUUUUUUUAAAGCAUCUUUUAGGAUUUAAAAUGUCCGAAGGUUGUGUGUGUGCUUUGAGUUAUACGGAUGAAAACAAGGCGCACUGCUUGGGUUUGAAUGGACAGUGGGUUUUGCACUUUGCUGGCAUCUUUGUUUUGGUUUGGUCAGUCUUUUUGUGAACAUGUCAGCCAAUAAGAUUGAGUAGAGAGGACAUAAAGACAUUUUUGCUUUCGA